GAUGGAGAUGACGCAAACAGACCCUGCACUCCGAAAAAGUGUUUCAAGACGAACAUGGCGGCAACUUAACCGCAGUCCAAGAUGACAGCGGACAACCGGAGAGAGGAUUCUAGGCUUCCCGCCCCGGCACGGGACAGAGAAACCAGCCCGCGUGCAUCCAGAGGGCUCGUUGCUCUCCUUUAAAGCGCAUCUGCAACGCGAACGGAGGCAGACACGCAGCAUCAGCACCGAGAGGCUCGCAACAGCUGGUCUCCGUGCGCCCCCGACCAGAAAAACAAACCCGGGGAGGGAACAUGCGGUCAGAGGGGACGCCGUUUCCGCCCGGAGAGCCAUGGAGACCCGGGAUGCGGCAGCGCGAAGCUUAAUCUCUGCGAGAUCGGAAAAGCGCCGACUGCUCCGGGCGCGAUAGAGAAGCGCCCUGGAACCUCGCGGCGGAGGCACGGCACCCCCAGCGCCACAGAGGAGAAUCAACCUGAGUCCGUCUCCCCCCAAGUCAAUGAGUAUUGUGGCAGAGCAGCCCCCGCGGUGGAGUCGGCCAGGGCAGCACUUUCCUAAAAUAUGACCAGGGGUGCUUGGACGCGUCGGCAGCACGAUGAAGGCUUAAAAUAUUGGUUUGAACCCCGAGAGAACGAGAAGCCAUUCACCGAGUCGGAGCGGGCCCAGAGAUGGCGACUGUCGCUGGCCUCUCUGCUCUUCAUCACCGUCCUCCUCUCUGAUCACUUGUGGUUCUGCGCCGAGGCCAAACUGACGCGAACCCGAGACAAGCGGCCGGACGAGGGGCUCCAAAUGGCAAACGCGAGCGCGCACCCAAACUCAUCACCCGACCCCAGAGAGCAAGUUGUUAUUUUUUUAAGGAAUUCUACCAGUUUGUGGCGCAUGGACACCUGUCACCCCGACAGCCUGUCUAAAGACUGCUUUACUUUCACGGACGCGCACACCGUGAGCCCGGGCCUCUCCGGUGGAGGGGAAAAGGGGCCGAAGCCGGCGGACGUCAAUCUGAGAGAUUUGUACCUUUCUUUUUGUAAUUCCUACUCACUUUUGGAUUUGUUUUACGGGUUUACGAGUCCGGGCAAUGUGACUUGCACCCUGGAUACGGCCAUGAGGGUGGACGGAGCGUGCGAGAUGUGCGUCCAGGCUUAUCAGGAACAGGACCGGCUGGCGGAGGACAAGUACCGGGAGUUUGAGAUGCUGGUUCGCAAAUAUGAGACGGAUGCGUACUCGGUCAGGACGUGCAUGGAGGAAUGUAAGAUGGUUUACAAGCUGUGGCUGUGCUCUCAGUACUUCCAGACCCCACAGAUGCACUGCAAGAAUCGAAUCCCCUGUGGUCAGUACUGUCUGGAGGUGCAGCAGCGAUGCCCCUUCUUCCUGCCAGACAAUGAUGAUCUCAUCCAUGGAGGCAGCCCCAGUUUUAUAUGCACAGGGCUGAUGGAGGACUAUCCCUCAGGUGUGAACCCGGAUGCAGAGUGCUGCGACGUGCGGUGGGACUUGAAAGCAGAUAACCGUUCGCGGGGGACCCUGAAAAGAACUCACCCGCCAUGCCAGCACCGUACCUCCCUCAGCUCCUCAGCAGCCUGCAGACUGUGUAACAGCCGGCUCAAACUCUGCCUGCUGGUCCUCGUCCUCCUACACACUGUUGCAAGCCUCACUGCAUCCCACAAUGCAACAGGACUGGGCCUUCCUACCAUCACGCCUCUGGAGGAGAGCCCUGCCAAUGAGGAGUGAUGGAGCUGCCAGGAGGACG